AAUCCGCGGUGUAUCUAAAUCGUGUCCGCGGCACCAUGGGCAUCCGGGGUUGCAGGGGGAAAGGGUACAGUUACAUUCCUAGACAAGGGUUUCAAAACAAGUAGUUUCCAGACAGUCCAGACAGACCUAACUCAGGUGGUGAUUCAGUUCGAAUUUGGUGUCCGUUGAGAGAAAAGGGGCGUGUUUUUUCUUGAAUUAUGAAGAUGAAUUCAUAUUUCUAUUUGAUCUGCUUCAUCCCGGUGAUAAACACGGCAUCCAUUUUCGAUGAGAAUCAAAACAAAGAGAUAAUAGAUUUAAAUUUGAACAACAGCGAGGUCGACAAACUAAUGACCCAACAGACUGAAGCGAUUAAAAAAAUCGUAUCAGAUACUCAACAGAUUCAAUUGGAAUACCCGCAGACAGAAAAGCCAGCCUCAGAUACUACAGAACUAAAAAAAAAUUACACUGAAAUAAAUCUUGAAGAUCUCCGAGUGAAAUGUCAACAUUUAGAGAGAUUAUUCAGAGCGAAUAAUUCAAAAUUCGAAAAUGAUUCGCAGAUGAAUUCGAAACCUGUUGAAACUUCAACUCCAUCAAUGUUUAGGAAAAAAUAUCCAUUAACAUAUCCUGUAUAUUUUCAAGGUAGAAAAGAUAACAAAUACUCCACUCCUAAAAUAAAAGGGUUCUAUGUCACAACGGUUCCCACGGUAGCUACGAGUCAAAGUACAACACCAAAAACGUCGAAAAAGGAACAACCUAAUGUUAAAUAUAUCAAACUGGAACCUGUGAUCCUCCAAAAAACAUUCUUGACUAACGGAAAAGUCGUUUAUUAUUGGCACAGAUCUCUGCCGAGCGCUAUACAGUAUCAGAACUCUCAACAAGAGUCAGAAACUGUACCCAUUCCUUCAACCACGCAAGCUACAACAACCACAACAGCUUCUAGUAUCUAUAGUUUCAGAAACCUUUUCCCCUUUUACUCCAUGAGCAACGCGGAUUCCUACCAAACAGAAUCAACAACUACCAGUACUACCACAGCAUCAACAACCACAACAGCACCUACACCUUUGCAGGAUGAUACUAAAAUUAACCAAGAUUUCGAAGAUCUGGCUACUCAGCUUCGAUUUGUUCUUCCAGUACCAUAUGUGGACCCAGAAAACGCAUCGAGGAAUCCAUGGGAUUUCGAUCAAUUUGCUUACUAUCCUAAGCACUUACAGCCCACCAAAAUCAAUAUGCAAGUACCUUACGUUCCUACUUUUCAUGUUAUAAAAGCAUUAGCAGUGCCUAAUAGAUAUUUGUCAAAUUUGGGUAACAAAAAUGUUAAUGACGAAGAGAAACCGAAAUUUUCAUGAAGAAUAAACUAUUCAUAUAAGAAUUAAACUGAUUAUGGUUAUGUGUAAAUUUAUACUUAGGAAAUAUUAAUUUAUUAUGUUUCGGAAUGUAACCCAAAAAGUAGGCAAUUAAAACCAAUACUUGAAAAUAAAAGAAA